AUGUCACUCCAGAACUUUGGCAUCAUAUACAACACGACUUUUCAGUAUGAGCAGUCGGAGUCGGAGGAGACAGAAGACGUUCACUUCAACUUUCACCUUUUCGCCGAGCAGUGUAAGCUGCGCGGAAUUCAUUUCGACUAUGUCAUUAGACUUCAUCAUGGCCAGGAUCAUGAUUGCAGACAGCGGCUCGUCCCAACACGACUCAUUUUAGAUGAAGAGGUUACAAAGGAAUAUGAGAAGCACUUGGACUCAACUUUCGAUCCUGUUCAUUAUAAUUUGCAAGGCAUCACACGGCCAGCAUUCUUUGAGAAGAACGACGAUGAGUACACGGUCUAUCGAGAUGGUGACGACGACAACUAG